AUGGAAAUAGAGAAAGGACCACCACUCGACGGUAAACCUUGGGACUUCUUUUAUUAUUGGUUAGUUAAUGAAAUAAGAACAUUAAAGGACCAGGAUUUUAUGGAUAUAAUGAGGAAAAUUUACGACAAGUUACAAGGGGAAAAACGCAAGCAGAAGUUCAAUGAUAUGUACGAUAAUAUUGGCGAGGACGUUUUCGAUAAUAGUAUGCAACUAUUCAAUUAUGACUAUAAUGUUAGUGCUAUAGCGAAACUUCCGAAGUGCAGUAGUUAUUUAUCAGAUGGGAAUUAUAUUAAAUACCACAGUAAAGCUCAAAAAGCAUAUAUAUGGUUAUGUGAGAAAUGUGUGGAAAAUAAUAGUGAUGAUAAGUACUGUAUGGAAUUCAAGAAAAGCAACGGAAACUGUGAGACUAAGCAGAAUUUACCACAAUUAGAGUGCAAAGGAGUACAGGCACCGGAAACCUUAACAAUGGAAGAAGAAGAUGAUUCAGAUGAAUUACCUUCAAAAGAAAGGUACGAUAAUUUUGACAGAGGGGCAGGAAGUACCACAGGAGGUGGAAUUUGGAAUAAGGAGACAGAAAUAAGGGCUCAUUUAGAGAAUGAAUUAAACAAGUAUGAUCGUAUUAAGAAACAUGCCGGUAACAUCACAAAAGCUUGGUGUUAUGUAACUAAUGGUGCGAACGAAGAGGGGGACUACGCAGGAGAAGUAAGGAGGAAGGAAGUGAGUGGUCCUGUAUAUGACCUGUUUUAUUUUUGGCUGGGAGAUAAAGUAUGGAACAAUUUGGGCAGGGAUAAUACCUUCUCAGAAGUUACGGAUAAAAUUUAUCGUGCACUGAAGGAGAAGUUGCUUUCUGAAUAUAGGUGUGGAACUAUAUAUACUGAUAUUACUCAAGAGUAUUUCAAACAAAUGAAAAUACUGUCCAAUUAUCAGAUGGAUGAAAGUACUAUAACUGAGGAACCAAAAGGUGAAGGGGAACUUUGUUCUGCACGAUAUGAAGAUUACCUACAGAAAGUACAAUAUGCCUAUGAAAUUAUACAGAAGGAAUGUGUAGCACACAAAAAAUCACAAGUGGUGUAA